AUGGCUCCAAUCACCACCAAGAGAAACAAGGUCGCUAAGAAGUUCACCGUCGAUGUGUCCGGUCCAACCGAAAACGGUGUUUUCGACCCAUCUUCCUACGUCAAGUACUUGAUCGACCACGUCAAGGUCGGUGGUAUUGUUGGUAACUUGGGCUCUGACAUCGAGAUCACCGAGGAAAACAACAAGGUUACCGUUGUUUCCAACACCCAGUUCUCUGGUAAGUACUUGAAGUACUUGUCCAAGAGAUACUUGAAGAAGAACCAGAUCAGAGACUGGAUCAGAUUCGUCUCCGUCAAGCAGAACCAGUACAAGUUGAACUUCUACAACGUUGCUGAGGAAGAGGAAGAGGAAGAAACCGAGGAAUAAAUUAUUUCGUCUAUAGCCGAUAUAUAAUUUACUCUUAUUUUCUCUAACACUUCUUUCAAUUUUGGUUUCUAUGGUGGGUUUCUCGUUAUGUUCAUGUUCUCUUUUUCUGUUUAUGUAUAGUAUUAUAAACUGAGUAAUAUCGAAUGAGGGUUUGACCGGCCAAUAUCAAAGACGUUUUCUUGUAGGCUCAUGGCCCUGUAGCUGCAUGGAG